AUGGUAGUAACGCGCAAGGGACAAUCAACAACGACUCAACCGAUUCCUAAUCCCGAGAGCAAUCCCACCAUGAACAACCAAGAACGAUACCCGUAUGGAAUGCCUCAGACCCAGCCGGAACCUAUGAUACAAGAGGCCCAGCCGAACACUAACCGAGCUCAGCCCAACCUCCAAGAUGACAUGCGCGCACUGCACGAGGAAAUGGUCGCCAUUCGAAGGCAGAGGGAGGCCGAUGCUCGAGAACUAGCCGAGCUGCGUCGACAAAAUGCCGAGCUCAGAAGUCUGAAUCAAACGUACGUGCCGUCAACUCCUACUCUCCAAAAGGAGUCGGCAUACCAUGCCCCAACCGACCAUGUGACCCGAACACCAGUUACCUCUCUAACGGGCAACAAGGCUGACGCCAACGUUCACUCCUUGAGACACCCUUUCUCACGAAGGAUAAUGAAAGCAACCCUGCUGGAUCAUUGGAAGAGUCUGCCAAUCGAAAAGUACGACGGAUCUACCGACCCCGAUGAACACCUGAACGUCUUCUUGACGCAAGCGACCCUCUCCACCCAAGACGACUCAGCUUUAUGCCGAAUAUUCCCUACGUUGCUAAAAGGACGAGCUCUGAGCUGGUUCACGAGGUUGCCGAGCUCUUCCAUCGACUCAUUCAAUGAGCUGUCAUCUCAAUUCACUCUCCAAUUCGCGACGAGCAAACCGUACAGGACGACCUCGUUAGCGCUAGCGGGGGUCCGUCAAGAAAAGAAGGAAAGUCUGAGAAGCUUCAUGGACCGCUUCAACAAGAUUGCUAUGGAGAUCGACGAUCUUAACCCUGCCGUAGCAUUGGACCGGCUGAGCACCGCUCUGAGGCCUGGACCUUUCGUGAACACCUUGUGUAAGAAGCCGCCAAUUGAUAUGAACGAUCUCCGGCGCCGAGCCGAGAAGUAUAUGCAAAUGGAAGAACUUGCAGAGACCCGGAACCAGGCCAGGGCCGAAGAAAAUCAUAACCGAAAAGAAUCUAGCCGAGAGCAGGUGAGAAAGACGAACGCCGAGUCCUCGAAUACUCGCCCCCCAAGAGGACCCCGCUACACGGUGUACACUCCCCUCAAUGCGAGUAGAGCCAAAGUGAUGGAGCAGGCCCUCGCAUCAGAAAUCCUUACAAUGCCGAAAAGGGCGAACACACCUCCUAGAGCCGACAAAGCUAAAACAUGCCGAUUCCACCGAAACAGGGGGCAUUCCACCGAAGAAUGCUCCGCAUUGAAGGACAAGCUCGAGGACCUUAUCAAACAGGGUCACCUCAGAAGCUUUAUCACCUCCCAAGACCACCAGACAAGGGAAAGAAACCACCACUCUCACGAAGCUCGUCCACCGAGAGACCGACGUCGCCGAUCUCGUUCGGCUGAACGCCAAGAUCGAUCGCAGCGUCCCAGGGAGGACAAUGACUGA